CAUUUUUUUUCUCAACUACGUAAUUUGCUUCUUCGGACCCGUCCCACAAGUUGAGUUGUCGAAAGGAGGAAUAGGAGUUUCUUUCACCCAAAACGCCACAGAGAUCUCCUUGAAAGCACCAACUGAGCCGUCUCUCUCUCUCUCCACAAUCAGGAGCAGAUUUUGUAAGGGUGUGACUGGCACUGCUGUUAAGACACCCAGCUUGUUACUAUUGUUGGAGUUCACAAAAUGUCAGGUGGACCUGGGCUUGAAUCUCUUGUAGACCAAACAAUUUCAGUUAUCACAAAUGAUGGGCGCAACAUAGUGGGAGUUUUAAAAGGUUUUGACCAGGCUACAAAUAUAAUUCUUGAUGAAUCUCAUGAACGGGUUUAUUCCACCAAGGAAGGUGUCCAGCAACUUGUGUUGGGUUUAUACAUCAUAAGGGGCGAUAACAUAAGCAUUGUGGGGGAACUAGAUGAAGAACUGGACUCAAACCUGGAUUUGUCGAAACUGAGAGCUCACCCUCUAAAACCUGUUAUCCAUUGAUAACGAGCAUUGUAUGAGCAGUUUUAUGUUGAGUGUUUUAAAGGACAAUUGUGCUUGAAUUGGAUUUUACAGGUAAAAUGAGUGGUAGAGUAUUUGAAACUGAAAUUGUGAUGGACUGGUUAUGAUCAUGUCUGUUUUCUUGAGGUAUUUUUGGAUGUAGUCUUCAACUUGAUGCAUAUUUCCAUCAUUUACUUUUUCUUUA